UGUGAGUUAAUGGCUCCUCCUGCAACAGACAGAGACGGAGCUGGCUCUAGCGGCGUUACGGGGGGAGGCAGGAACACGGCGGAGAAAAACGGCCAAUUGCAACCCAAAUAGCAGCGGGAUCUCUGUCGCAGUUGUCUCGCUGUAACCGGAGAGAGGCUGCCCGGGCGCUAGUGCAGGGCUGAGGGUUAAAUUUAGACGCGCGUCGGCUCAGCUCGAGGACAGCUCUGUGUUUUUAACCAGCGACCAACUCCCCAGAUGAACUCCGUCAGAGCCACCAACCGGAGACCCAGGCGAGUGUCGAGGCCGCGCCCGGUGCAGCCCGAGCGGAACAACGGGGACAGAGAUGAGGAGGCUCCUGCAGCAGCCGCAGCAGAGAUGGCUAUUGAGGAGUCUGGUCCGGGAGCUCAGAAUAGUCCCUACCAACUCAGACGCAAGACGCUGCUCCCCAAGAGGAGCGCCGCAGCCUCCGCCGCUGCCUCCUCCUGCCCCAGCAAGGGCCUGAUGGAGGGAGCAUCCACGUCCUCCACAGAGGCCUUCGGCCACCGGGCCAAGCGGGCACGCGUGUCGGGUAAGAGCCACGACUUGCCAGCAGCGCCAGCAGAACAAUAUCUGCAGCAGAAGCUCCCUGACGAGGUGGUCCUAAAGAUUUUCUCCUAUUUGCUGGAGCAAGACCUAUGCCGGGCGGCGUGCGUCUGCAAGCGCUUCAGCCAGCUCGCCAACGACCCCAUACUCUGGAAGCGUCUUUACAUGGAGGUGUUUGAGUACACGCGUCCCAUGAUGCACCCCGAGUCAGGGCGCUUCUACCAGGUCAGCCCCGAGGAGCACGAACACCCCAACCCCUGGAAGGAGAGCUUCCAACAAUUGUACAAAGGUGCCCACGUCAAGCCGGGCUUCGCCGAGCACUUCUACAGCAACCCGGGCAGGUACAAGGGCAGGGAGAACAUGCUGUACUACGACACCAUCGAGGAUGCCCUGGGCGGGGUGCAGGAAGCCCACUUUGAGGGCCUAAUUUUUGUCCACUCGGGCAUCUACACGGACGAGUGGAUCUACAUCGAGUCUCCCAUUACUAUGAUUGGCGCAGCGCCCGGUAAAGUGGCGGACAAGGUGGUGAUAGAGAACACCAGAGACUCGACAUUUGUCUUUAUGGAGGGCUCGGAGGACGCGUACGUCGGCUACAUGACCAUAAAGUUCAACCCCGACGACAAGUCGGCGCAGCACCACAACGCGCAUCACUGUCUGGAGAUCACAGUCAACUGCAGUCCCAACAUCGACCACUGCAUCAUCCGCUCCACGUGCACAGUGGGUUCGGCCGUGUGCGUGAGCGGCCAGGGAGCGUGCCCGACCAUCAAGCACUGUAACAUCAGCGACUGCGAAAACGUGGGCCUGUACAUCACGGAUCACGCGCAGGGCAUUUAUGAAGACAACGAGAUUAGCAACAACGCACUGGCGGGCAUUUGGGUGAAGAACCACGGCAACCCCAUCAUCAGACGCAACCACAUCCACCACGGGAGAGACGUGGGCGUCUUCACGUUCGAUCACGGCAUGGGCUACUUUGAGAACUGCAACAUUCACCGGAACCGCAUCGCCGGCUUCGAGGUGAAGGCGUACGCCAACCCCACGGUGGUGCGCUGCGAGAUCCACCACGGCCAGACGGGCGGAAUCUACGUGCACGAGAAGGGGCGGGGACAGUUUAUCGAGAACAAGAUCUACGCUAACAACUUUGCCGGCGUGUGGAUCACAUCCAACAGUGACCCCACGAUACGAGGCAACGCCAUCUUUAAUGGCAACCAGGGAGGCGUGUACAUAUUUGGCGACGGGCGGGGUUUGAUAGAGAGCAACGACAUCUACGGCAACGCCCUGGCGGGAAUCCAAAUCCGCACCAAUAGCUGCCCCAUCGUGCGCCACAACAAGAUCCACGACGGACAGCACGGCGGCAUCUACGUGCACGAAAAGGGCCAAGGGGUGAUCGAGGAGAACGAGGUGUACAGCAACACGCUGGCCGGCGUCUGGGUGACCACGGGGAGCACCCCCGUCUUGCGCAAGAACCGCAUCCACAGCGGCAAACAGGUGGGCGUGUAUUUCUAUGACAACGGCCACGGCGUGCUAGAGGACAACGACAUCUACAAUCACAUGUACUCCGGUGUCCAAAUAAGGACGGGCAGCAACCCAAAGAUCCGGCGCAACAAGAUCUGGGGCGGACAAAAUGGCGGUAUUUUGGUCUACAACUCAGGUCUGGGCUUCAUCGAGGACAACGAGAUCUUCGACAACGCCAUGGCGGGCGUGUGGAUCAAGACGGACAGCAACCCCACGCUGAGGCGCAACAAGAUACACGACGGCAGAGACGGCGGCAUUUGCAUCUUCAACGGAGGGAGAGGUCUGCUGGAGGAGAACGACAUCUUCCGCAACGCUCAGGCAGGCGUUCUGAUCAGCACAAACAGUCACCCCAUCCUGCGCAAGAACCGCAUCUUUGACGGCUUCGCCGCAGGUAUCGAGAUCACCAACCACGCCACCGCCACCCUAGAGGGCAACCAGAUCUUCAACAAUCGAUUCGGGGGUCUUUUUCUGGCGUCGGGCGUCAACGUCACCAUGAAAGACAAUAAGAUCAACAACAACCAGGACGCCAUCGAGAAAGCGGUGAGCCGAGGACAGUGCCUGUACAAGAUCUCCAGCUACACCAGCUACCCCAUGCACGACUUCUACAGGUGUCACACUUGCAACACGACAGACAGGAACGCCAUCUGCGUCAACUGCAUCAAGAAAUGCCACCAAGGACACGACGUGGAGUUUAUACGGCACGAUAGGUUUUUCUGCGAUUGCGGCGCGGGCACAUUGUCCAACCCGUGCACGCUGGCGGGCGAGCCCACGCACGACACGGACACUCUGUACGAUUCUGCGCCGCCUAUCGAGUCCAACACGCUGCAGCAUAAUUGAACAAGAGCGACGGGACUGGCGGCAUGAUAUCGCGCACACAUACACGCAGAAUUGCCCCCCCCCCCCACCACCAACAUCACCACACCCCCUCCCCUUGCACCCGACCCCAUAGAGACGCUAAGAUGUGCGGUGCAGAAGGUGAGGAAGCGCAGGCAAAGCUCCACUAGGGGGAGGCAGAGGAAAGACUGAAGCGAUUCCUCAGUGUGUAUGUGAUUUUUGUGUGGUGUGGAGCACUUCUGCUUUUUUUUUUAAGAAAAGGAAAAAAAGGAUGUGGAAAAAAAAAGACAUUAUGAUCAGUGGAUUUUAAUUCAAUGCUUUAUCAUGUAGUUUUGUAUUUCCAAGCAAAAAGCUGACUGUAUUUGAAUGUCUUUUAUUUUAUUAUAUAUUAUAAUUAUUAUUUCUUUGGUUAGCGUCCUGUCCCGUCUCAUCCCUGUCUAAGCGGCUGCAGACGCUCCCUGGCGAGCCAGUGCGCAAGUUCUUUCUGUGAAAGAGAAUCUGGUUUAAACACUAAAGAACCCUCUCUGUGUUUGGGCUUGAUUGACAGGUGGGGCCACUCCGCCCACUCUUGUACAAAUGUGUCUAACGUGUGUGUGCGUGUGUACAGUUUGAUGCGGUCAGUGUUUUGUGGAGAGGGUUCCAAUAGGAUGUGUCGGAGCUCUUUUUUUUUUUUUUUAAACUGGACCCCCAUGAGUUGAUCUGCAGCCCCCACCCUUCCUCCUUGAAUCGCCCCCCCCAAGUGUAUCGUGGUGACUGUGGCUCCUCAUGCAGCCUGAAUCGUAUGCAUGUACCAUAACAUCUAGACUUAAUAUAUUGUGAAGUAUUCAAUAACCAUUAUGUAGAUGCUAGUUGGAUUUUUUUUUUUAAAAAAAGGGGGGGUAUACUUUUUUCCUUCUUUCUUUGGAAGGUAAAACAAAAAA